CUAUUUUACUCACCCAAAAAGAAAAUUCAAAAGUUUAUUGUAGGAGAAAUUAUUAUUAUUAUUAUUAAACUAGAAAAUGAAGAAAUCUCAAAAAUCAUUGUUGAUUAAGAUUAUUGUUGUACAAUGUUUGUUAGUUCUUUGUGUUGCAGCACAAGACUUUGAUUUCUUCUACUUUGUUCAACAGUGGCCAGCGUCUUAUUGUGACACGAGGCGUAGUUGUUGCUAUCCUACUACUGGAAAACCAGAUGAAGAUUUUAGUAUCCAUGGUCUAUGGCCAAACUACGAAAAUGGAAAAUGGCCACAAAAUUGUGAUAAGGAAAGCUCUUUGGAUGAAUCUGAGUUCUCAGAUCUUAUAAGCACAAUGGAAAAGAAUUGGCCAUCACUUGCUUGCCCAAGUAGUGAUGGUUUGAAAUUUUGGAGUCAUGAAUGGCUAAAACAUGGCACUUGUUCAGCUCUUAACCAACAUGCCUAUUUCCAAACUGCACUUGACUUCAAGACCAAAUCUAACCUUCUUCAAAAUCUUAACAAUGCAGGGAUUAAACCAAGGAAUGGAGAACAUUAUAGUGUAGAAAGCAUUAAAAAUGCAAUUGAAGAAGGAGUUGGACAUACCCCAUUCAUAGAGUGCAAUGUUGAUUCACAAGGGAAUCAUCAAUUAUACCAAGUUUACCUUUGUGUGGAUUCUUCUGCAUCAAAAUUCAUUGAUUGCCCUAUUUUCCCACAUGGACGAAAAUGUGGUUCCAAAAUUGAAUUCCCUCCUUUCUCCUCAAAUGAUGACCAUGCUGAAUUUUAAUUAUUUUUUUAAAACUAAUUAAUUCAUCAUGAUCAUAUUCUUGAUCUUCUAUGUUGUAUUUUUAAUUGAAACCCUUUCAUAUUUGUACUAAUAAAAUCUCAUUCCAAGGUAACAAGAUGUCAAAAUAUAUUUAGUGAAAAAA